AUGUACGGUUGGGCUCGACUGUGUCAAUGUAAAAGAAGCUUGAGGGUGGGAUUCUUGAGUCGAGUAGUCUGCAAAUCUCUGGAAACUGAGUCCUCUGGCAUUGACGAGUUUCUCAAACUCAGACUGGUGAUUGACUCGGGGGCAGUAGAGGAAAAGGCAAGGGCCGAGUGUGACAAUUUCUACAAAAGUUGUGAUGCCAGUAGGGUCAGAACAAUGGCGUUUGAUAGUGACGGAGGGGAUUGGGGCCGAUCUAGGGUCGACCCAGAUGACAAUUCAUAUAAGAAAGGUUGGUCAGUUGGAGCACUCGAGACGUUCAGCGGUGAGGGCGAUGGAAUUGACAACGACUCGGUCUUACUUUCAUAG